AUGGCGAGCUUGGCGAAGAGUGCGGCCAAGGGUGCUGUGGCGCAGUUGGAGUCAGCUGCAUCAAGAGCUUUGGAGCCCAGGCGCCUCUACUUUGACACCGCACCAGGCCUGGAGAAGAUGCUUCAGCGAGAGCUAGAGGCAUUUCAGCUGGGUUCUGUGGCCUUGACCCCUCGUGCUGGGGAGCUCUGGCUGACAGCGCCAGAGUCCGCAUUGUGGCGUGCAACACUGCAGAGUCGGGUCCUGUUGGGCGCUCGCUUGGGCGUUGGUGAUGUCUUCCACGCUGGCUACGAGUCGACCUUGUCUAACUAUGUCGCCGGGAUACCUUGGCCCGAUUAUCUCUGGUUUCGAGCAGAGCCGCUUGGACCUCCGCUCAAGGUGCAAGCAGAAAAGUCCCGCCUUUACCAUACAGAUGUCAUUGAACGUGGUGUUCUUAGUGGCAUCGAGAAGCGAAGGCAGUUUUUCAUGGGUCUGAAGUUGCAGAACAAGGAGUUUGCGAACGAAUGCCACAUGAGUGUGGCUGCGACUGCGGCACCACAUGCCCGGGCGUACGAGUUGGCACUGGAUGAGGGGCAGAUGGAGCAGGAAGAGGAGAUGCGUGGAAGUCCUUGGCUGCUUGAGCCUGCACAUGCGGCAGCCUGCGUGAUGAGAGCCAAUCUUUUCAGACACCUGGAAGAGAGUGCACGCUCCGGGCAGAAGCUUUGCGUUUGGGACCCUUUCUGCGGCAAGGGCACCCUGCUCCUGGAAGCCUUGGGCAUUGCGAUGGGUGUGCCGCCUGCAAGCCCUGCCAUGAUGAUGCCUUUCCAGCAGUUUCCGGAGUUCAAUCAAAUGCACUUCCAGGAGGUGCUCCGGUCCCUGCAGUUGACCCCGCACCCAGAUGUUGGUGAGAUGUUGCUUCUGGGAAGCCACGAAGAGCAACCACACCUGGUGCACCUCGCCAACCUCAACCUGCAGGCUUUUGCGCGGUCAGUGCCAAGACCAAGGGCACCUUCCAUGUGGACCCAAGCGUGGGCACCACCAGGGUCCAAUGAGGCCCAGGACCUCACCACACUUGCCACACAGCGGCUGCCUUGUCCGACCGCGUUUCAUUCGCUGCCUGCAGCAUCCAUUGCAGAGCGGAUUCGUAGCCACCGUCCCCUGAUCAUUACCAGUGUACCUUACGGCAAAAAAGCUGAUGCACGGAAAGAUCAGCGUGCCUACAAACGAUUCGGCCAGCUGAUUCGAAGCAUGGACGUGCGCGACGUCUAUUGUGUCUCUGCGAGGGAGGAUUUCAAGAGGCUCACAGGCCUCGACUGGAGAGCAGAGCUGCGAUUCUCAGCCUCAGGAGUGUGGCUUGAACUCCUGCGCUGGACAGGGCGUGAGGCUUCGGAACUACACUUCAUUUCAAGCCAGCCUCGGGUGCGCAAGAAGCGCAAGGAGGUGCGGCCCAAGGACGAGGUUCCUGUGGUUGAGGAAACAGCUGCAGAGGAUGCCGUGCGAACUGCAAACCACAGAAAGAAACCAAAAAGGUUGGCAGAAGCAACGCAAGAGGAGGCCACAAUGAUCCCUUGUGCAAGCGGUAGUGCUUAUCGUCGCGCUCCUGGUGGAAGCUUCGUGUGUGAUGUCUCGGUGAGUUCGGCUAGCGCAGUGUCACCAGUGCAGUUCUGGCCGCCUCUGAAGGAGGCAUCAAAGAGCUCUGCUAUGGAGAAGCUCACAGCCGACAUUGAGCAGAUCAAGGCCUGUGUGACACCGUCCAAGAUUUGGACACAAUUUUCUGCAUCAACCGGCCUCGAUCCAUCCAUUGAUCACUUCCAGGAGUUUGCUGCUGUGGAUCUGCGAGGUUUUCAAAGAGGUGGACGAUUGAUCACUUGUCUGUGGCCCAAGGGCUGCUAUUUGCCUGUUAUCAUUUUCAGUGUGGAUGAGACCAAAGGCUUAGCAGCCGUGCUCAUUGGCAGACGUAGCGUAGUCCGUAGCCGAGCGUUCUCGGCAGAGCAAUUCUUGCGUGAAACUGCUCCACCGCUGGAUGGCCUAUCGUACAAGGGCCAGGGGGGCCGGGUGGGUAUCUUUGGCGGCUCUGGGGACUACACUGGAGCGCCCUACUAUGCAGGAAUGGCUGCCUUGAGAACUGGAGCUGAGCUGGUGUAUGUUUUUACAGCUGAAGAAGCAGCUCUUCCCAUCAAAUCCUACAGCCCAGAGCUCAUGGUGACGCCUGUCUACAGUGCUAAGAGCAUAGACAGCGUCGACAAAUCGCAUGCUUUGGCCCAGAAGGUGAAGUCCAUGCUGCAUCGACUGCACGCCUUGGUGCUGGGCUGUGGCCUCGGCAAAGACGACCAGGUGCUGCAGGCUGCCUUGGACAUCUGCCAGGCCGCCGCUGGACAAGGCUUGCCUGUGGUUCUGGAUGCAGACGGCUUAGAGAUGGCCAUUCGCUGGCCGGAAGCGCUGCAGGGAAUGGACCGGACCCUACUGACGCCGAAUGCCAAUGAGUUUCGGCGCCUCUGUGAGGCAACAGGCAUUCAAGGUGAAGGUCAUAGCCAGCUGGUGAAGCUUUGUGAAAAGCUUGAUGGUCCGGCAGUGCUGUUGAAAGGACCCGAGGAUUUAGUCGCAGAUGCUUCUGGCAGGGUGGAGUGUUGCUCCGUGCAAGGCACUCCUCGGCGGAGCGGAGGCUAUGGGGAUGUGCUAGCCGGAACACUCGGGACACUACUGGCAUGGUCAAGGAACAAGGUCGUGGAAGGUGACUUGCCUAUGGUAGCUGCUGGUUGUGCUGCCUGCGAACUGGUUCGCUGCAGUUGCCGUGCGGCCUUUGCUAGAAAAGCUAGGGCGAUGACGGCGCCAGACGUUUUAGACGAGAUUGGGCCUGUGUUUGAAGAGCUUUGCCCGUGUGGCCUUUGA